GAAUUAGUCCUGGCGAAAAUCCUGCUGAUACCAAUAUAGUAGGCUUGCCAGGUGGCGCUCCAGUAGGUCCUGUGGGUGGCUAUGGUGUUUUACAUGAUCCUGCUCCUGUUGCUGCCCCCGUCCCUGUCGAUGAUCCUGUUUCAGUGGGUGGCUAUGCUGUUUUACAUGCCCCUGGUGCUGUUGCUGCCCCCGUCCUUGUCAAUGAUCCUGUUUCAGUGGGUGGAUAUGCUGUUUUACAUGCCCCUGGUGCUGUUGCUGCCCCCGUUCCUGCCGAUGCUCCUGUUCCUCCCAGUCCCUUCUCUUUCAUGUACACAGCAGAAGGUGAUGGCAGCACAAGCUCUCGCUCAGAAAGUGGAACCGUGGGUGGUGAAAUCACUGGUAGCUACUCUUUAGAGAUUGGAGAUGGACGAAAGAGGGCUCUACCGUUCAACUUCAUGUACAGUGCUCCUGCAGGAGGAGGAGCCAGCUCCAGGUCAGAAAGUGGAGAUGUGUCCGGAAACGUGGCGGGUUCUUACAGUGUGGAGGACCCUGAUGGACGUCGCAGGAAAGUAGACUACACUGCUGGAUCUGGAGGAUUCAGAGCAAAUGUUCAAAGUAAUGAACCUGGUGUGGAACCUGGUAGUAACCCUGCUGAUGUAGAAAUCAAUACCUAUGCAGGAUUACCCAUGAUUCCUGCUAGUGGCCCUGCUGGUGCCCCUGCUCUUGUGGCUGCUGGUGUCCCUGAAUUCGGUGUGGGGGGUCCUUUUGACUUUAUGUACACUGCUCCUGCUGGUGGUGGAUACAGUUCCAGGUCCGAGAGUGGAGAUGGAGGAAGAAGAGUGAAGGGAUCCUAUAGUGUGGAACACCCAAGUGGGCAAAAGAGGGUGGUUGACUACUCAGCUGGAGAUUUAGGCUUCACUGCAACAGUCAAGAGUAAUGAACAGGGAAUAAAACCCGGUGAUAACCCAGCUAGUGUUUCCAUCUUAUCUUUACCAGGAGUUCCUGCUCCUGCUGCUCCUACUCCCCCUGCUCCUGCUGGUGCCCCUGCUGCUGAAGCCCCUGCUCUUUAUUACUCAGAACAUCUCCAUCUAAGUAAAUUAUUUUUUUAA